GCAGUUGCUCUUGCCAUGGGCAUGGUGUUUGUCCAGAGGUGGCAGUCGCGUCUGAAGUGGACGCCAAUGCCAACCCCCACUUGUGAUCUCGUCAACCAAGCAUUCCAAGGUUCCAUCACCUACCAGACAUUCCCCCUUGCUCACCUCAUCUGCCAACCGAAUGGAAGCUCCAAACCUCGAUUUAGGCCUCAAGGGCACCCAUGUCCUCAUCACAGGCGGCGGUGGUCUCAUCGGUCGAGUCGUAGUCAGUCACCUCGCAGCGGCAGGCGCCCAUGUCUCGUCGCUGGAUAUCAGCUACCCAUCGGUGCGAGAAACGAAGCCAAAUUCAAAUUAUCUAGCUAUCCACUGCGAUGUUUCUUCGGAAGAGGAGGUACAAAAUGCGUUUCAAACCGCGACUGAGGCGUAUGGACCAGUGGAAGUCUGCAUCGCGCUAGCCUCAUUGGACUUCUCCGUCCUGCAACACUCGUCGUUCGCGGAUGCAUCCUUCGCCCAGCUGAAGCGCGUCCUCGAUGUCAAUGUCGCUGGUACGUGGCUCACGGCUAGAGAAUGGCUACGGGGUUUGCGGAAAGCGAAGAGCGAGGGGCGGGAAUUGAGGAAUGUCAACCUCAUCAUUAUCGGCAGUGAAAGUGGUCACUUCGGCGAGCGGCUCAACGCAGAUUACAGCCUGGGAAAGAGUGCUGUUCAAGGUGGUUUGCUGAUGAGUUUAAGGCAAGAGGUGGUAAGAGAGUGGCCGGGCGCGAGGGUCAACGCUGUGGCUCCUGGGCCUGUCGACACAGUCAGAUGGGCACAAGAAUGCAAGGAGAAUCCUAAUCAGUAUUACCUGGAGGCUCAGGCAACGACUGCACUGUGCCAAUCAAUCCCACAGCAGGCCGUGGCAAAGAGCAUACUCUUCCUAGCGAGUUCGAACUUCAGCAGCCACGUCCACGGGCAGGUAAUCAACGUGGACGGUGGCAAGCAGGGCAAAGUAGUCUGGACAAAGGAAGAGGUGCAGUAAAGAGCGAUCCCGCCUCGUCACCACACGAACGUCACCAUCCAUCUCCUUUUACGGUUGAAUAGCAUAUCCACUUUGGCGGCACUGCUCCGUCUCUCUUUUCUCCAACAAUGUCGGAACAGCAACCAUUCUUCUGCCGCAGAGGCGCCGUACGGCGACCACUAUAGCGCCGAAUAGUCACCUCGGCGUUCCCACUACACCGUUUGCCG